CUCAGUGUGUAACAGUGUGUAACAGUGUGCCCAGACAGACAGACAGACAGCGGUCAUGGGAAAAGGUUUCUACAUCAGUAAAGGGCUCGGGAUCGUGGGCCUCAUCCUGGGCGCAGGAGCUGUGGCCACCAUCAUUGCUCUGUCCGUCGUGUACUCACAGGAAAAGGCUAAGAACGUCCCGACCUCACCGACAGAUGCACCAACGACAGACGCACCGACGGUCACGACUCCGGCUCCUUCCAACGAACCCUGGGACAAGUAUCGACUCCCAAAGAGCCUGGUGCCCGAGCACUACAACGUCACGCUGUGGCCACGACUGACGCCAGAUGAAACAGGGCUCUACGUCUUCACUGGUGACUCCUCUGUCCAGUUCAAUUGUACCGAGGACACCGACCUGAUCCUCAUUCACUCCAACAAGCUGAACUAUUUCAAACAUGCUGGACAUUUGGCUGUGCUCACGUCUGUCAGCCCUGGAGUGGAGGCUCCGGCCAUCAGAUCCUCCUGGCUCCAGCCUGAGACUCAGUACCUGGUCCUGCAGCUGCACAGUAAACUGCUGAAAAACCACAGGUACCAGCUGUGGACCAACUUCACAGGAGAGCUGGCCGAUGAUCUGGGAGGCUUCUACAGGAGUGAAUACAUGGAGGACGGACAGAAAAAGGUCGUUGCUACGACUCAGAUGCAGCCGACAGACGCCAGGAAGGCUUUCCCUUGUUUUGAUGAACCGGCCAUGAAAGCAUUUUUCGACAUCACUCUGAUCCACGACCGAGGAACCGUGGCUCUGUCCAACGGCAGGGAGAAAGAAUCCACCAAUGUCACCAGAGACGGACUGGAAGUGCAGCAGACCGUUUUUGAGACAACGGAGAAAAUGUCCACUUACCUGCUAGCGUUCAUCGUCAGCGAGUUUGGCUACAUUGGAAACAUGACUGACAACGUUUUGAUCCGAAUCUUCGCCCGCAAGCCUGCUAUCGAUGCCGGACAAGGAGACUACGCACUCAACAAAACCGGAACCAUCCUGAAGUUCUUCGAGCAAUAUUACAGCUCCAAAUAUCCUCUGCCAAAAUCCGAUCAAAUCGCUCUGCCAGACUUUAACGCCGGAGCCAUGGAGAACUGGGGUCUGAUCACAUACAGAGAGACGGCGCUGCUCUACGAUGAAAAGUUCUCCUCCAACGGCAACAAGGAGAGAAUCGCUACCAUCAUCGCUCAUGAACUGGCUCACAUGUGGUUUGGAAACCUGGUGACUCUUCGCUGGUGGAACGACUUGUGGCUGAAUGAAGGUUUUGCGUCUUACGUGGAGUAUCUGGGCGCACACGAAGCUGAGCCUGACUGGAAUGUGAAAGACCUGAUUGUCCUCAACGACGUCCACAGAGUGUUCGCCGUGGACGCUCUGGCCUCGUCUCACCCUCUGUCCUCCCGAGAAGUAGACAUCCAGAAACCAGCGCAGAUCAGUGAGCUGUUUGAUGCCAUUUCAUACAGCAAGGGAGCGUCUGUUCUUAGAAUGCUGUCGGAUUUCUUGACUGAAGAGGUCUUUAAGGAGGGACUCAAGACCUACCUGAAGGAAUUUGCUUUUGGGAACGCCGUCUACACCGACCUAUGGAAGCACUUACAAACGGCUGUGGAUGCAAAUGCCGCUGACGUUGGUCUGAAGGACAGUGUGGAGGACAUCAUGAACACCUGGGUGCUGCAGAUGGGUUUUCCUGUGGUAACCAUCAAUACCACGACCGGUGCCUUGUCCCAGAAACACUUUCUGCUGGAUCCAGAUUCCGUUGUCACAGCACUGUCACCCUAUAAUUAUGAAUGGAUCGUUCCGAUCAGGUGGAUGAUGAAUGGAGCAGCGCCGCAGACGCCGUACUGGCUGAGGACGAAAUCAGCAACACACGAUGCAAUGAAAACAUCGCAGUGGUUGUUGGCCAACCUGGACGUGGUGGGUUACUACAGGGUGAACUAUGAUGAUGAAAACUGGAACAGACUCGUGGAUGCUCUGAACACCGAUCAUAAGGUGAUUCCAGUGAUCAACAGAGCUCAACUGGUGGACGACACCUUCAACCUGGCCAGAGCAAAGAUCAUCCCGACAGUUCUGGCGCUCAGAACCACCGAGUACCUGAACAAAGAGCGGGACUACAUGCCUUGGAGCUCCGCCAUCGGAAACCUGGACUUCUUCUACCUGAUGUUCGACCGCAGCGAGGUUUACGGCCCCAUGCAGAAAUACUUACAGAGACAGGUCACAGAUCUUUUUUAUCACUACGGGAACUUGACUGACACGUGGAAAACAGUUCCUGACAAACACAUGGACCAGUACAAUCAGGUGAACGCCAUCAGUCUGGCCUGCAGAACUGGACUGGACGACUGUCAAACUCUGGUCAAGAAUUGGUUUAAACAGUGGAUGACGAGCAAGAAGAACACGAUCCACGCCAACCUGCGUUCCACUGUGUACUGCAACGCCAUCGCAGCAGGGGGCGCUGAAGAGUGGCAGUUUGCCUGGGAGCAGUUUGAGAACGCCACGAUCGCCAGCGAAGCAGAGAAACUGCGAUCUGCGUUAGCCUGCACCAAACAACCGUGGCUGCUCAACAGGUACCUGGAGUACACUCUGGAUCCAGACCGCAUCAGGAAGCAGGACGCCACGUCCACUAUCGUCUACAUAGCCAACAACGUGGUGGGUCAGCCACUGGUGUGGGACUUUGUGCGAGAUCGCUGGUCGUACAUUUUCUCAGAAUACGGCGGAGGAUCCUUCUCCUUCUCCAACCUCAUCAACGGAGUCACCAAACGCUUCUCCACCGAGUUUGAGCUCAAACAGCUGAAGCAGUUUAAGGAGGAAAACUCAGAUGUGGGUUUUGGCUCCGGGACGCUGGCAGUGGAUCAGUCCAUCGAGCGAACCAUCGCCAACAUGAAAUGGAUCGCAGAUAACAAACAGAGCGUUCUGGAGUGGUUCCAUAGUGCUGUCAAUAGAUAAAAAAUUGAGAAAUUAAUUAAUUAUGAUCUGUAAUUAAUUGAUCUUAUUAAUCUCUUUUUUUAAUCUUACCUAAGCAAUCCUGACAAAAGCCCUUAACUUGUCUUUUCUUUUAAACCAUUAUUACAUUAUUGUGGCAGAUCAAAUGAUUGAUAUAUAACAAAAAGUGGCUUUAUUUUUAUAUGUCAGUCACAGACUCUCCUCCAGUUUAGUUUGGUGAAGAGCUUUGCUAUGGCUCGCUAAAUUGUUAACGUCUUCGCUGCUAACGUUAGCUGUGGCUGCACUCGUGACUGUGUACUUUGCAUUGACGUAGUAGGCUAAACUUGAGCUGCUUCGGUGGUAAGCUAACUCCUUCUAUCACUUUACCUUUAUUAAUGGUGCCGCUGGGGCGUUUUUGAAAAGUAAAUGUCGCAUUCAUUGGGCCGAGAACUCUCACAUGGUCCUCCAUGUUCAUGGCUCCUCACCCUGCUCUCUAAACACAAUGACAGCACAUUGUUUUCCACCCCCAACAACUCAAGCACAAGAAGCCCAACACAUAAAAACAGAUUUCAUAAAAAAGCAACUCGCUGAGAUUAAUGCGAUUAAAAAACAUAACACCCUAAAUAUGACUGUAAUUAAUUAAUCGCAAUUAACGCGAUCAUUUGACACCCCUAAUAAAACCAAAGAUUAACGGCCAAAGAAGCUUCGUACUCGCCCUUUAUUUACAUCAUGUGUUUUUUCAUGUGUGAGGAUUUGAAGAUGCUAUUUUAAAUCAGUUUAAAAACUUAUCCACUUUAUCACUGACAUCGUCGUGAUGACAGUCUUCUGUGUUAUUAGUUUUGAUCUUGUAUAAACUAUCGAAAUCGUCUCUGUCUUUUCAUUUAUAAUCAUAAUUCAAUUAUUAUUUUUAUAUCAUUAUUCAAUUUACUACAUUUUUAUACUUUUCUCUGUAAAUUAGGUUUUUCUGUAAAUUCAAAAGUGGAGUGAGUGAUGUCUCUUAUUAUGUCACAAUAAAAAAUUAUUUGUGAUGUAAA